CUCAGUAUUUUUAUUCUCAUCAACUCCACUCGACUUGUGACAAGGCUUCGAAACAUUGUCACCAUGGUGAGUGUCAAGUACCACUUCACUAUCGAAAGUGGGAAAACUUCGAAGGAAGACAUCAUUCAUACCGGGAAGAGCAACGACAACAUCACCAGCAGCUACGACAACCACAGCGAGAGCAGGAGCAACAUCAACAUCAACAUCAACACCAAUUCAAGCAAGAGCCAAGCCGCGCCCACAAAGCCAUCUAUGAACAAGACAACGAAUUCACCGACAGCAACGACAGCAUCGAAAACUGCCUCUUCUCCUUUCACACCUCCUUCAUCUGCUUCAAGAUUGCCCUAUGCGUCCUUCUUUGAGGCUCAACAGAAGGCCGUAUUUGAUUAUUUCGGAUGCAAUGGAGGGUCCGAUGUGUCCCUUACCGCAUCUGAGAGCAGCAGCGACAGCAACGGAAGCGUCAGGAAGAUAAACAAGAACCACGCGAAGAAGAAACGCUCAACCAAAAUAUCUGUUUCAAAACAAAAGCAACGUUCCUAUGGCUGUUUUCAUUAUCAAAUAGAAACGGAACAAGAUCGCGAUAGCAAUGUCAGUCUUGGCGAGGAUGACGUCGUCCUUUCCCCUUUGUACUCCCCUAGUACGUGCUCGCGGCAUCAAUUCGAAGACAAAAAUAGCAAGAACAACAAAAAGCCCGACAAAGAUGGAUGCCCACAAGACCAAGAAACAGAAGACAGACAAUCGAAAACAUCGAAACGCGAUGGCAAAAUGAUCGAGCGCCAGUCACAAAAUCUGCAACGGCAAUCUCAUAACAGAGGGAGACAAAAGCAACGGAGAAACGGAGGCUCUCGCCAUCGCAGCCGCAACGCUGCCGAUCGAAAGGAACAGUCGAAAUCGGAGUCACAAACGAGAUCGAAACGGAUAUCGAAACGAUGCGACCUUUCGAUAGUKGUGAUAGAGGACCGAAAUCAAGAGUGUGACAACAUUUCGAGUGUGAGCUCGCCUUCGUGCGGGUCGAGUUACAGCGAUCCAUCCCUCCCCUCACCGAAAUCGAGAAAGGAAACGAGGAGAGAACGACUCUUGAAGAUUGUGAACAAGGCCACAUUUUUGAAGAAACAGCGUCCCAUCGAGCUGGGUUCCACCACAGAGUCGGGUUCUUCUAACAGUGGUUCUUCUACAAUGCCGUCUGCCGACUACGAGGAUGACGAAACGAUAUGGCCACACCGCAAGCUUCCGCCACCCACAUCGAUCCUUCGGCAACCGAAGUAUUGUCGCAGCAGCCGCAAGAAGAAGUUCGCAAGACGAUCUUCGAGUUCCGCAAAACCCAAUUCUUCUAAUUCAGUUGGUGUCAAAUUUGCCGAAGGAACCAUAUUCCCGAACCCCGAUUCACCUCCCCGAAGACGACGAAAGAAGGUCCGGCGCACCAACCGUAAGCAACGGAAAGAACGGGCGACGAAGAACCGACACCACCACACAAUAAUACUUCCUCUCGACGUUUCUUCUGAAGAUCUGCGGCCAGAAAACGAGGAAGCAAAUACCGUGGCUGCAUAUUGCUCACCUACCGGUUCCGACUCCGACGCACAUUUUUACGUGUUCCGAUAAGAGGUACGUACUUUACAGUGGAUGAAGAUCUACAAUUUAAACAAGCAUAAUCAGCGCUGCGAGCAUAACGCACACUCAAAUCAUAGAAUAACGUGCCUACUGUACUAGUAUCACCAAGUGCUGAAGAAUGUUCUAGGAAUAGCAAUAGCAAGAUAGCCACAUAGAAUACAUUGUCAAAAAUUGC